GGUCCAACGGCGCCUUACCGCCACUGCGGGUCCCCUCCGGUGGCCCCUGGCACCAUCUUGUGCCCAAGCCCAUCCCGUGGGGCAGCUGCAGCCCCCCGCCCCGGGGAGUCUCCCACAGUGACCCCCCCACCCGGGGCGGGGGUGAGCGUGCCCAAAGCUUCCAGCGCGGCCGGCGCCCGGCAAGAUUUUACCCUGUCUGCCGCCGGGGCCCCGGUGCCGCCCCCCGCCAGCCCUGCCGCCCCGCUCACCCGCCCCAGGCCGCGCAGGAUGGGGGCGGCGCUGGUGCGGCGCGGGGGCUGCCUGCUGCUCUGGCUGGCCCUGCUGCUGGGCUGCUGGGCCGAGCUGGGCAGCGGGCUGGAGUUCCCGGGUGCGGAGGGCCAGUGGACCCGCUUCCCCAAGUGGAACGCCUGCUGCGAGAGCGAAAUGAGCUUCAACAUGAAGACGCGCAGCUCCAGCGGGCUGGUGCUCUACUUUGAUGACGAGGGUUUCUGUGACUUCCUGGAGCUCAUCCUCACCCAGGGAGGGCGGCUACAGCUCAGCUUCUCCAUCUUCUGCGCCGAGCCUGCCACCCUGCUCUCGGACACGGCGGUCAACGACAACCUCUGGCACGCCGUUGUCAUCCGCCGCCACUUCAAGAACACGACGCUGAUCAUUGACCGAGCCGAGGCCAAGUGGGUGGAGGUGAAGUCCAAACGGCGGGACAUGACUGUCUUCAGCGGGCUCUUCCUAGGAGGCCUCCCGCCGGAGCUGCGGUCGGCGACGCUAAAGCUGACGCUCUCCUCCGUCAAGGACCGGGAGCCCUUCAAGGGCUGGAUAACGGACGUGCGGGUGAACUACACGCAGGCGUCGCCGGUGGAGAGCCAGGAGGUGCGGCUGGACGAUGAGCAGAGCCGGCUGUGCGCCAGGGACGACGUCUGCCUCAACGGGGGCGUCUGCUCGGUGCUCAACGACCAGGCCGUCUGCGACUGCUCCCAAACGGGCUUCCGAGGGAAGGACUGCAGCGAAGAAGACAACUAUGUGGAAGGUCUGGCGCACCUGAUGAUGGGCGACCAAGGAAAAGAAGAAUAUAUUGCGACAUUCAAGGGAUCAGAGUACUUCUGCUAUGAUUUAUCUCAGAACCCCAUACAGAGCAGCAGUGAUGAAAUAACUCUGUCGUUUAAAACGCUGCAGAGGAACGGACUGAUGCUGCACACAGGAAAAUCGGCCGAUUAUGUCAAUCUUGCACUGAAAAAUGGAGCUGUCUCCUUGGUCAUUAAUUUGGGCUCAGGGGCCUUUGAAGCGCUGGUGGAACCUGUGAAUGGGAAAUUUAAUGACAAUGCCUGGCAUGAUGUGAAAGUAACCAGGAAUCUGCGUCAGGUGACAAUAUCAGUGGAUGGAAUUCUGACCACAACGGGAUACACGCAAGAAGACUACACCAUGCUGGGCUCUGAUGACUUUUUCUAUGUUGGAGGCAGUCCUAGCACAGCAGACCUCCCAGGGUCACCAGUCAGUAACAACUUUAUGGGCUGUCUCAAAGAGGUUGUAUAUAAAAAUAACGAUGUCAGGUUGGAGCUGUCUCGACUUGCCAAGCAAGGGGAUCCUAAAAUGAAGAUUCAUGGGGUUGUGGCGUUUAAAUGUGAGAAUGUUGCAACCUUAGAUCCAAUCACAUUUGAGACACCAGAGUCCUUCAUCUCUCUGCCAAAGUGGAAUGCCAAGAAAACAGGCUCAAUAUCAUUUGACUUUCGUACAACUGAGCCAAAUGGCCUCAUUCUUUUCAGUCAUGGGAAACCAAGGCACCAAAAAGAUGCCAAACAUCCACAGAUGGUGAAGGUUGAUUUUUUUGCCAUUGAGAUGCUUGAUGGCCACCUCUACCUACUGUUAGACAUGGGCUCAGGUACUAUAAAAAUAAAAGCCUUGCAGAAGAAGGUGAAUGAUGGUGAAUGGUACCAUGUGGAUUUUCAGCGGGAUGGGCGGUCAGGGACGAUAUCUGUGAACACGUUACGUACUCCAUACACUGCACCAGGAGAAAGUGAAAUCCUUGACUUGGAUGAUGACUUGUAUCUUGGAGGCUUACCAGAAAAUAAAGCAGGCCUGGUCUUCCCAACAGAAGUGUGGACAGCACUCCUCAAUUAUGGAUACGUCGGCUGCAUUCGAGAUUUAUUUAUUGAUGGUCAAAGCAAAGAUAUUCGACAGAUGGCUGAAAUUCAAAGCACAGCUGGAGUAAAACCCUCAUGCUCAAGAGAAACUGCAAAGCCUUGCCUUAGCAACCCCUGUAAAAACAAUGGUGUGUGCAGGGAUGGGUGGAACAGAUAUGUGUGUGAUUGCUCUGGCACGGGGUACCUUGGCAGAUCGUGUGAAAGAGAGGCGACAAUUUUAAGCUAUGAUGGAAGUAUGUUUAUGAAAAUCCAGCUUCCUGUUGUGAUGCACACAGAGGCCGAAGAUGUUUCUUUAAGGUUCAGGUCCCAGCGAGCUUAUGGCAUUUUAAUGGCAACAACUUCCAGGGAAUCUGCAGAUACCCUUCGGUUGGAGCUGGAUGCGGGACGAGUUAAACUAACGGUCAACCUAGACUGUAUCAGGAUUAACUGUAAUUCCAGCAAAGGCCCAGAAACCCUUUUUGCUGGCUAUAACCUCAAUGAUAAUGAGUGGCACACAGUGCGUGUGGUGCGGCGAGGAAAAGGUUUAAAGUUAAUGGUGGAUGACCAGCAGGCUGUGACAGGUCAAAUGGCUGGCGAUCACACACGGCUGGAAUUCCACAACAUAGAAACAGGAAUAAUAACAGAACGGCGCUACCUGUCUUCUGUGCCUUCUAAUUUUAUUGGGCAUCUACAGAGUCUCACAUUUAAUGGCAUGGCAUACAUUGACUUAUGUAAAAAUGGAGACAUCGAUUAUUGUGAGCUAAAUGCAAGAUUCGGGUUCAGGAACAUCAUAGCAGACCCCGUAACCUUUAAAACAAAAGCAAGUUAUGUUGCACUGGCCACGCUACAAGCGUACACAUCUAUGCACCUUUUUUUCCAGUUCAAAACCACCUCCCUGGACGGAUUGAUACUUUUUAACAGUGGCGAUGGAAAUGAUUUCAUUGUGGUUGAAUUAGUAAAAGGGUAUUUACACUAUGUGUUUGACUUGGGAAACGGUGCCAACCUCAUCAAGGGAAGUUCUAAUAAACCUCUGAAUGACAACCAGUGGCAUAAUGUCAUGAUAUCAAGGGACACCAACAACCUACACACUGUAAAGAUUGACACUAAAAUCACAACACAGAGCACAGCAGGAGCCAGAAAUUUAGAUCUAAAAAGUGAUUUGUAUAUUGGAGGAGUGGCCAAAGAAAUGUUUAAAUCCUUGCCCAAGCUGGUGCACGCAAAGGAGGGAUUCCAAGGCUGCCUUGCAUCAGUUGACUUGAACGGACGGCUCCCUGACCUCAUCUCAGAUGCUCUCUUCUGCAAUGGCCAAAUAGAAAGAGGAUGUGAAGGCCCCAGCACAACGUGCCAAGAGGAUUCCUGUGCAAACCAGGGCGUGUGCCUACAGCAGUGGGAUGGAUUCAGCUGUGACUGCAGCAUGACCUCCUUUAGUGGACCAUUGUGCAAUGACCCGGGGACAACGUAUAUCUUUAGCAAAGGUGGUGGACAAAUCACUUACACGUGGCCUCCCAACGACCGGCCGAGCACUCGAGCAGACAGACUGGCAAUAGGGUUUAGCACUGUGCAAAAAGAGGCUGUGCUGGUGCGAGUGGACAGUUCUACUGGCCUUGGAGAUUAUUUAGAGCUGCAUAUUCACCAGGGAAAAAUUGGAGUUAAAUUUAACGUUGGGACGGACGACAUCGCCAUCGAGGAGAUGAACGCCAUCAUUAACGAUGGGAAGUACCACGUGGUUCGCUUCACGAGGAGUGGUGGCAAUGCCACCCUGCAGGUGGACAACUGGCCCGUCAUCGAGCGUUACCCAGCAGGAAACAAUGAUAACGAGCGCCUGGCGAUUGCUAGACAGCGAAUUCCAUAUCGACUUGGUCGAGUAGUUGAUGAAUGGCUACUCGACAAAGGGCGUCAGCUCACAAUCUUCAAUAGCCAAGCAACCAUAAAAAUUGGAGGCAAGGAACGUGGCCACCCUUUCCAAGGCCAGCUCUCUGGUCUUUACUACAAUGGCUUGAAAGUUCUGAAUAUGGCAGCAGAAAAUGAUGCCAACAUCAUGAUAGAAGGAAAUGUGAGACUUGUUGGUGAAGUGCCUUCCUCUAUGACGACCGAGUCCACAGCCACCGCGAUGCAGUCGGAGAUGUCCACGUCAGUCAUGGAAACAACCACCACCUUGGCCACCAGCACCGCCAGGAGAGGAAAGGCUCCGACCAAAGAACCCAUUGGUCAGACUACAGAUGACAUCCUGGUGGCCUCGGCUGAAUGUCCUAGCGAUGAUGAGGACAUCGAUCCCUGUGAGCCGAGCUCAGGUGGGUUAGCAAACCCCACCAGGGCAGGAGGAGGAAGGGAGUACCCCGGCUCGUCCGAGGUGAUCCGCGAAUCCAGCAGCACGACGGGCAUGGUGGUCGGGAUCGUGGCGGCGGCGGCGCUGUGCAUCCUCAUCCUCCUGUAUGCCAUGUACAAGUACAGGAAUCGGGACGAAGGGUCCUACCACGUGGAUGAGAGUCGAAACUACAUCAGUAACUCAGCACAAUCCAACGGGGCUGUGAUCAAGGAGAAGCAGCCCAACAGCGCUAAAAGUUCCAACAAAAACAAGAAAAAUAAGGAUAAGGAGUACUAUGUCUGAUCUCAACAUCUAAAAGAACGCUUGUAUAGAAAUAGUCUUCAUUUUAUCUGAGACAUAAUACAAACUUAUUUACUUUACUUUUUAUGAAGCACAUUCAAAAACAAACAAACAGAAAAGACAGGGAAUGCAAUCAGAAAGGAAAGACUGUUUUUAAAAACAAGCAUUUCAUGCUCUUGUUUUUCAGAAACAGGAGCUGAUAAAUUCCCUAACAUCCACAGUGUUUUCAUUUACUCUGCCUGUCUUUAUGUUGCUGGAACGUUUCUGAAAGACAAUGAUGACACCACGCACUCAUAAAGCAAGGAGUAUUACUACAACAUCGAGGCACAAUAUGAAAAAAAAAAUCAAAUUAAAAAAAACAAAACAGGAUUAAAAAAAAAAAAAAAAAGAAAAAAGAAGCUACCUAUGAUUCUGGAUUUAGCCAAAGUGCUAGCGCUUUCUUGAGAAGUAAGUUAGUCUUAUUGUCAGAGAAGACUGUCAUUAUAUAUGGUGACUCAACAAGCAAACAUAAAGAGUUUGCCGUCUGGUGCAGUGAAGCAGUGAUUGGAAACUUGCAUUUUGAAACAAAGUGCUGGCUUUUCUGAAGACUUAUGUAGAAAUACUUUCAAAAAGCCCCUUUCUGGUUGUGAGGAAAAUAGUAUGGAGGCCUUAUUUUCAAAAACAAAAACAAAAAUCUGGAAUAUAAGGCACAUUUCCACAAAAAUAUAAGAAAAAAAAAAAAAGAAAAAAAAAAAGAAAAACAAGAGGGCAUAGAUGCAAUCAUUGGGAAAUUUUCAUGCACGCUUAAUAUGUUAUUACAUAUGUUUAUAUAAAAACACAUCUAUAUGUGCUUUCUGGACUGUGAUAAGUGAUGUUUUAUAGCCUGUUGUAUAGAAAAUGCAAACUAUAUCUGCUCUUCAGCCAUUUUUGGUAAACUCAAUGUUAUAAGUGUUGCUAGGUAUAGAGAGUUUUAUGACAUCUGGAGCAACAGACAUUCUUCAGUUUUUUUGCAGCCAUUAUAAAUUGUCCCAGACUUUUUCCCCUUUUUUUUUUUUUUUUUUUUUUUAUUUUUAAUUUACAGUGUAGUGGUUAUACAAAGGGGGAUGUGUAUGAAUGUAUAUAAGAGUCAGCUAAUUUUUUUCUUACCUGUACAGCUCUAUUAUGUUGCAAUUAAGUUUCAGUAGUUUGUAUGAAAGAAGUGGACUAGGAAGCAAAAAUAUAUCUCUACUGUAAUUUGUCUUCUCCCUCCUCUCCCCAUCUCUUGCUCCUGAUAUGCAUCAAUGAAGUUGAUCAGAAUGGCCAAUUUUCCUAGAAAUAUACAUUCAUUAAUUAGCUAAAUAUUUAGUGACCUAAACUGGCCUUUGGCUUCCAGUCAAAGCUUCACUAUUGGAGAGCAUGGUUUGCCUUACAGAAACCUUGUUCUUAGAAAUUACGAGAAUGAUGAGUUUCUGGAGAAUCUUAGGAAGUAUCAUAUAGUGUUUAUCUGGCAUUCAUGUGAAGAACAGCUACUACAGCACUGGGUGGCAAAAGAUCUAAAAAUACCCAUUGUAGUUAUCCGGGCUGAUUCUAUUGCAGAAUUUAUCCCUUUCUCCAAAAAGGAAAUACUCUUGAGGUGCACGAUAGUAUUUUUCAAUGGUGGGCAUUUUGACAUAUGAAAAAGUAUUUUUUAGCUAAGUUGAUUGUGUAGUAUUGCAAGACAUCAUAACCAGAGAGAUAUAAGUUCAUUAUGUUUUAAAGUGACACAGCUUAUCUUGCAUAUAUAAAACAUUUAUGCAUUUUAGUUGAACACAUGAAAUGUAAUGCUGUAAUUUACACGUUAAGUUUGGAUUUUUUUUCUAGUAAUAUUUCAUUAGUUUCACAGCAAUAAAUCAUAACAUAACGUUUUAUUUACACAGAAGUUCAAAGGGAAUACAUUAGACAGAAAGAGGGUAGUUCAAUAGAAAUCAACCAAAUCAUCAGAAGGCCUCCUGGGAGGGAUAUAGAUAUUCACACUUUACAGACAGGAAGGAGAAAUUUAAAAUUAGCUUUAAACAGCAGACACAAAACAUUUUGUUGUGUGUUACUCACUGUAGCUGAUGAAAAAAAAAGUUGGGAACUGGUACAGCUAUCUAUCUGGGAGUCAGAGCACUUUAAAAAUACAUGUAGCUGCCAUGAAAACACCUCUCCUGAAGUUUGCCAACCACAUCAAGGUGUGCCAUGUUGCGUUUGUAAAAUGACUUCUUAUUUUCAUUAGCAUUUACGCAAAAAUGAAGGGAAAAAAAAAAAACCUGACAAAACCCACAAAAUCCAUCUGAUGUUAAUUUCUUAGACUGUUGUUCACCUGUGGCACUCAUCAUUUCUCCCACCUUUACAAGACAGCUGUACUCAGGGAAUGGCAGGGGCAAGGGUGACUGGAGGGCAUUGCUGGAAGCAAGAGACUUCAGCUGGAGGGGGGAAAGAAGUUGAAAGCCAGGUGGUGUUCAGAUUUCAGUGCUUGAAGAUACGUAGAAGAACAAGAAUAAUCUGUUGACAGGAGAGUGGACAUGGCAGGAUAUGAUUUGGGUGAGAUGAAAUGGUCUUUUCUGCUUGGUGUUGAUUGCAUUAAGGAAAUAGCGUUGUCAGGCCAACUUCCAGGCAGUUUGGUAGAUCAGUCUUUAACUAAAUCCAUACAUCAAGGAAAAAAAAAAAAAAAAAAAAAGAGAUCUGCUACUAUUAAAAUAAGAAAACACAAUUUUAACACUGUUUCUGAAGGUUCUCCUUUUUCCUCUUUAAUUUCAUAAUUUAACAACAACAAAAAAAAAAAGAUGGAUGUAUCAGAAAUGCCAGCAAGUGGAUUUAAAAUUCUUUUUUAUUUAAAAGCAGCAGCAACAACAAACAAACAGACAUAAACCAACUACCUAACAUAAAAUUGGAUCCUUUCUCUAUAAUAACCUAAUUUGUUUGACUGAGAUGGCUUCAUUUCUAUGACUGUAUUGUGUUGCCUUUUUUAACAAAACACUAAAUAACGUGUGAAACUUUCAACCCUAAGACAUCAAAGAGAGGCCCAAUGCCCCUAACCUUAUAGUGCUUUCUGUGAUAGAUAUUUACAAUUUUUUUAUUUGUUGCAAGGCCAAUUUAUUCAUUAUUGGAAAUGCUAAGCAAGUGGAAUUUACUGUUUUGUUAAUAAAAAUGUUUCUUAAUACAAA